UUCUUAUUUCUCUCUAACAACCUCAGAUCUCACCAUGAGUAAAGACACAGAGAUCGACUUGAAGGAAGUGGAGCUCAAUGAGCUGGACCCCGAGAAGCAGCCCAUGACCGGCGACGGCCAGGCUGCGGCUGCGGAGAAAAAUGGAACCGUCAAGGUGAAGGUCCCCGAGGAGGAGGUGACGUUCACCGGCCUGUCCAAAGAUCAGCUGAUGAAGGUUGCUGGCACUCCAGGAUGGGUGAGAACCCGUUGGGUGCUUCUUGUCCUGUUUUGGCUCGGCUGGGUGGGAAUGUUGGCCGGAGCUAUUGUGAUCAUCGUCCAGGCCCCCCGCUGCAAACCCAUCCCAGCGAUGAACUGGUGGAAUGAAGGACCUCUGUACCAGAUCUCUGAUGUUGAGGCUUUCUCUGAGGGACUUGAAGGCAUCGAAGGGAAGUUGGAUGAGAUAAAUCAGCUGAAGGUGAAAGGUCUGGUUCUUGGCCCCUUCCACACUGUCCAGAAGGACAAUCCACUAACGCUAACUCUUGACCACAUUGAGACGGCUGGUACAGUGGACGACCUGAAAGUUGUGCUGGAGAAGGCCCACAAGAAGGGUAUUUCUGUGGUGCUUGAUCUGACUCCGAACUACAAAGGAAAGGAUUCAUGGUUCAGCGCUUCCAGUGCUGACAGUGAAGUAAUCGACAAAGUCAAGGCUGCAGCAGAGUACUGGUUCAGUUUGGGCGUCGACGGCAUCAAGAUAUCCGAACUCUCUGUGGCGUCGAAAUCUGUUGAUUGGUCCAAGCUGAAGGAAACCGUCAUAGGCAACCGCACUGAAGACGACACCAAGAAAAAGGCUCUGAUAGGUGUGGCUCAAGACAUUUCAGCUGGAGAAUUGUCUGUGCUCAUCAACACCACUGGUGCAGAUCUCGUCCUGUCCAACCUGCUGAGCCAAAAAAAUGGAGGUAAGGAGCGCAUCCAGGCCAUGGACGUCCUCAAUUCUCAGCAGAGAAGUCUGGGCUGGGGUUUAGGCGCUGCCACGAAGGACCAGCUCUCCAAAACGACGGUCAUGUUCCGUCUCUACCAACUCCUGCUGUUGACCAUGCCUGGCACCCCGGUGUUUACCUACGGAGAUGAGAUUGGCCUUUCUGCACAGGGUGCGGGGUCUCCUAAGAUGGUUUGGGGCAUCGAGAAGGAACCUGCUGAAGGAGCUGCUGUCAAUGAGACUACAGAGGGUGAGCGAAAAGAACGUAUAGCUGUGAAGAAGUGGUUCAAAACACUUAGCGAGCUGCGAGGCAAAGAGCGCUCACUCCUCCAUGGCGACUACUACUCUCUCUACUCCUCCAACUCCUCCCUCGCCUUCCUGCGCCUGUGGGACCAGAGCGAUAGAUACAUAACCGCUGUUAACUGGGGCUCAAAUCCUGAGAAGCUCACACUCACACUCAAGCCUACAGAAGGAGUAGAGUUGCCAGAGACAGCCACGGUGAGGCUGUCAUCUCAUCCAACUCUGGAGGCGGAGUCUAUCGUCAGGCUGGACGACAUCACUCUAGAGUCAGGACAAGGUGUCAUGCUGCAGUUCCCCUAUUCAGCCUAAGGAUGGCGCCAAAAUUAUAGUAGAGCUACCUUGAAAUAAGAGUUGUUUUAAAAAAAAAAAAAAGAAUCUGGAGGUAGUCCUAAUCCCUAGAAGUAAGAUGAGAAAUGAAACAGGACGAUUCUUUUUAGUGCAAGAAGCGGGACUCUUUAUCAGUUUAUUUGGUCAGAACUGAAUGUGGUGUAAGGAAAUCUGCCAUUAAGAACUUGAAUUCUUUUUGAAACAUUUGAAACUUACAAUUGUAAAACUUUUUUUUCUCUCUCUCUCUCUCUCUCUCUCUGGGAAAUGUGCAGCCACCUCAGAUGUGCACUCAUCAAUUGAGCCUUUUUUUUUUAUUUUCUUCUAUUUAAGUUUUGACUCGGCACAUUGUUAAAAAAAUGUGACAGACAUUCCAUUCUUGUUCUGGGCAUUCCUUUAGAAGUUAUUCUGAGGGUGUUUUUUUUUUAUUGAAUUUUUAAAGUAAUUUGUCGUUUUAAUGUAUUUUUAUUGGCUGUUUCUCUCUUUGCCACAAAGGAAAACAAGUCCACGAGUAAGUGUGUGUCGACUUGGUUUAAAGUUUUAAGAGUGCUCCUGGAUAAAGUCUUGUCUUGUGAACUGAAAGGAAUAAACAAAAAAAAAAGUUCUGUACCAACUCC